CGAAUUUGCUUUCAACUGAAGAACCAACAAAUAUGCAGUCCACCAGCCAGGUUGCGGGACUGCAGACAAGCUGCGCGCGAUGCCGCAGCCCCACUGCUCCUCCACGUCAGCGGAGCUCAGCGCCCACCCCGGGGGAAGGGGCGUGGCCGUCAAGAAUGCGCCCGCGCGCCAGCGUCCAUCCAAAGCCUAGGGGCGGAGCGGGGCCUUUCCGCAGCCCAGAGGCCCGCCCCACCUUCCUGCCUUGCGAUUGGUGAGUUGUCUCCUGCUGGGGCGGGGACUAGAGGACUCACAGCCGUAUUCUCCAAUGGAAAUGGGACAGAGGCGGGCCUAGUGGCGGAAGGAGCAUGGCGUGGAGACAGCUGAAAAAGCGGGUUCAGGAUGCCGUGGUCAUCUUGGGGGGUGGAGGACUUCUCUUCCUCUCCUACCUGACAGCCACAGGGGAUGAGCAUUUCUACGCUGAACACUUGAUGCCAGCUCUGCAGAGGCUGCUGGACCCUGAGUCAGCCCAUCAGCUGGCUGUUCGUUUCACCUCCCUGGGGCUCCUUCCUCGCACCACAUUUCAAGACUCUGACAUGCUGGAAGUGAGAGUCCUGGGCCAUAAAUUCCGAAAUCCUAUAGGAAUUGCUGCAGGGUUUGACAAGCAUGGAGAAGCUGUGGAUGGACUUUACAAGAUGGGCUUUGGCUUUGUUGAGAUAGGCAGUGUUACCCCUAAACCUCAGGAAGGAAACCCCAAGCCCAGAGUCUUCCGCCUCCCGGAGGACCAAGCUGUCAUUAACAGAUAUGGAUUUAACAGUCACGGACUCUCUGUGGUGGAACACAGGCUACGGGCCAGACAGCAGGAGCAGGCAAGGCUCACAGAAGAUGGGCUACCACUGGGAAUAAACCUGGGGAAGAAUAAGACCUCGGUGGAUGCUGCCUCGGACUAUGCAGAGGGGGUUCGAGUCCUGGGCCCCUUGGCUGACUACCUGGUAGUGAACGUGUCCAGUCCCAACACGGCUGGGCUAAGGAGCCUUCAGGGAAAGGCUGAGCUGCGCCGCUUGUUGACCAAGGUGCUGCAGGAGAGGGACGCCCUGAAGGGAGCGCACAAGCCCGCUGUGCUGGUGAAGAUCGCGCCCGACCUCACCGCCCAGGACAAGGCAGAUAUCGCCAGCGUGGUGAGAGAGUUGGGCAUCGAUGGAUUGAUUGUCACAAACACCACAGUGAGUCGCCCUGACAGCCUCCAGGGUGCCCUGCGCUCUGAAAUGGGAGGGCUGAGUGGGAAGCCCCUCCGAAAUUUAUCAACUCAAACCAUCCAGGAGAUGUAUGCACUUACCCAAGGCAGAGUCCCCAUUGUUGGCGUUGGUGGUGUUGGCAGCGGGCAGGACGCACUAGAGAAAAUCCGGGCGGGGGCCUCCCUGGUGCAGCUGUACACGGCCCUCAGCUACCAGGGGCCGCCUGUGGUGGGCAGAGUCAAACGGGAGCUGGAGGCCCUUUUGAAGGAACAGGGUUUUACUAGAAUCAUAGAUGCCAUUGGAGCAGAUCACCGGAAGUGAGGACAUUGUUGGUGGGAAGCCUGAUCUAGAAUCUUCUCACUAAAUCAGGUGAGCCUUGUCCUGGACUGAGAGAGCAGGGGCACUGCCCCCCAGAGCCUGUCCUCCAGCCAGCCACGAGGGUCCCAGGAUCGACACAAGGCUUCCUUCCUCCGCUUAUCACAUCGUGAACUGCAUUCAUGGCUCUUUCUAGAGAAAGGACUGUCCAGUGUCCUUUAAUAUUUGCAGGAAAUUAAAUAUUUUGGGGAAAAUCAUGGAAAAAAUAAAGCCAUUUAAAACCUGGA